AUGGAGCAUGAAUACAGGGAGAUACUCUUGUUGACCGGCCUGGAGGAAAUCACCGAAAAGGAACUGCAACGGUUCAAGUACUUUGUCAUGGAUGAGUUUAAGAUCUCUAGGAGUCAACUGGGUGAGACUACAAACAGGACCGAGUUAGCGGACCUGCUGAUUCAGAGCUCAGGCCCAGAGUUGGCAGUGACAAAGACCAUUUACCUUUUCCGGAAGUUGAAUUACAUGCACGCCGCAAAAUGUCUUCAGGAGCAAAAGAAAAAAGUUGAGAGUCGAUCCAUGACAAAUAGAAAGAAGAAAGGAAUGCAGCAAGUAGAAGAAAGAAGUCAAGCUGAAAACUGUGCUGGUGCCUCUGCCACCAGCAGAGACGAAUCCUCCAAGAAAAACUCUUCUCCAGAAGUCCGUCCUCAGGCUAAGCCUCAGAAGCAGCAGAUCGUGGCAGAGCAGGAAGCUAUCAGAGAAGGUUUACAGAAAGAUCCACUGGCGGUCUUAGUGUUGAAAACUACGAAUCCUUUCAAGUGUGAGACUGAGGAAGACAUAUUCCAUGCAACCGUGGCCAACUCAACCGCAUUUUUCUUCGUAAAAGUUCUAUAUGCACCAUUUAAAGAUAAAUUUGCCCCAAGGAGAACAAUUAAAAUAUCAAACUAUCUUUGGCACAGUAACUUCUUGGAGGUGACCAGCUCCUCAACUGUGGUUGAUGCUGACGCUGACCACAAAGUCUGUGUCCCAAAUAACAUUAGGCUAAAAGCUGGAAGAACUCCCACAAUUAAGAUGCUGAAGACCCAACCUUGUGGAACAAUUGUGAAUGGGACGUUUAAAGUCCAGAAGAUAACAGAGCAGCAAAAGGACAGAACACUCUAUGGUAUACAUGACAAAACAGGGGAGAUGGACGUGUUGGUGCUUGGAAACCAGGACAAAAUAAAAUGCGAGAAAGAAGAUAAGCUUAGACUCGUAUUUUUUGAAGUGUCAGAAGAUGGAGAGAAAACACAGUUGAAAUCAGGACCCUACAGCUUCUUUAAGGUUAUUAAGACCCCAAAGCCAAAAACUGAGCAAAAAGAAAAAUGUACAUUGAAGUCAACUCAUCUAAACAACACUUCUUUGAAGGAUUCUGAUACUACUUCUUGA